UUGAACACAUUGGUCUUAGGUUGUGUUAUUACCGUGUUGUGCAAUUUCAGUGUUUUUGAUAGUGUUUCUCACGGCCACAUUUUCAUGAAAAAUGAACAGUUUAAACUGUUUAAAAUCAUUCUCUAGCAAUGUGCUAUUGUUUUCCCGUAAUUACGCGUUCAAGUCCGACCUAAAAAUAAAAUGGGUUCGCCCAGAGAAAAUUCCCUGCUACAAGCCGGAGAAAAGCGGAGAUCUGCAGUCAAUGCGAGCCAUUCCUGAAACGGAGCUUCUGAAAGAUUUUCAAAACUCGAAAGAGCUAGAGAAAGCGGAUGAUACGGUGAAGAAUUUAUUCACUGUUGGGCAUAAUCGCCGGAGGGAAUUGCUGGAAAUCUUCAAAGAGGAAAUGGUUAAACGGGUUCAGAGACAUGAACUUGAUUACGGUUCAAUGGAAGCAAAGUUGGGUUUGAUGACCGCACAGAUUAGAAGUCUACAAGAUGUGAUGGAGAGAUUUCCCCGCCAAUCGGCAGCUAAAGUGCAUCUGAAAGAGCUCAUCGACAAGAGAAAACGCUUCCUUAGAUACCUGAGACGGUGGGAUUAUCGACGAUUCGAGUAUAUAUUGGAAAAACUCGACCUUGUGUAUAAACCCUACCCGACACAUUUCCAUUGGAUUACGCGGAAAGACUCACUUCGAAAGUUAACCAAUAUCCACUGCGAUGAAAUCAAGGAUACUCGUUUACAGGAAUACCGACAAUUUCUAGAGUCACAGCAGCUCGAUUUUCUGGUUAAGAAAAUAGAAAACUUGGAGUUCAUCAGAAAGGAACAAAUCGAGUGUAAAGUGCCGAUUACAGUCAGCGCGGAACAAAUUCAAGCCGCGAAAAAACAAUACGAGGAACUGAAAGAACGAAGAAAAUCGCUAGAGGCAACGAAUGCCGAAGAACAAGAAUAGAACAUGAUUUUCUGUAAACAUUGUUUCCUUUAUUUGAUUUGUAGACAUAAAAUAAUAAAAUUACUUACGAACUA